AUAUAGUAAACACUAAACAAUAAAGGUAGGUGGCAACUAAAUAUUUAUAUAUAUAUAUAACAAGUUCAGAAGAAACAUAUAUGUAUAUUAUCUCCUUCAAUUCCUUCUUCAAUAUUAUUGUGUGAUUCAAGAAAGCAGAGGAGGGAAAUUCUAAGAAGCAAGAAUGGAUUGUUGUGUGUGCACAACUAUGCCAUUGAUAUUAAGGCCACCAAGGAAUACAAUAUGUGGUGCAUGUUAUGAAGGAGUUAGGAGCAUAAUCAACAUGAUGAAUAAUCUUGAAAGUGAGAAAGCAAAAGCAAUCACGAAUCCAAAUGGUUCUCCAGUUUCGCCGCGAAAUUCGAGUAAGUCACUUGAUGAUUGUAUAAGAUGGUGUUCAGAACAAAUAGACCAAUUUAAUCAACAAAAACAAGAUUUGGCUUUUCUUAGAGGCUUUGUUGAUGCCUUCAAAGAGCAGAUUCACACAGAUAUAUUGAUAACUCCAGGCAAUCAUGGUCCACCUAUACCUGCACAUAAAUCUGUUUUGGCUGCAAGAUCAGAAAUUUUUAAGAACAUGCUAGAAUGUGAUGAAUGUAAAGCUGCACCAACUUGUAACACAAUAACAAUACCUGAUUUGAACCAUGAAGAACUAGAAUCUCUUCUAGAGUUUCUCUAUGGUGGGACAUUACCUUUGGAAAAAUUGGAGAAACAUGUAUAUGCUUUAUCACAAGCAGCUGAUAAGUACAUUAUUCCACACUUGAUGAAAUAUUGUGAAAGAUACUUAUUCAAUUCACUUAGCACUUCUAAUGCAUUUGAGACAUUAGAGAUUGCUGAUACUUGUUCAAACAACAAUUUGAAGGAGACAACUUUUAAUUUCUUAGUUAAAAAUAUUGAGUAUAUGGUUUCUUCUCCUAAAUUUGAAGCUUUUGUGCAUAGGAGUCCACAUUUAACUGUGCAAUUAGUUACAAGAGCAUUUGUGAAUGGUUCUAAAUUAGUAUCAAAUUCUGUCUAAGUGUGAAAGAGUCUCAUAUGUUUUUGUUUUGAUUUUGAAUUUUGUUUUUUCAUUGUGUAUUUAUUGAAAUAUAUUCAUGUGAUUGUAAAGCAGAAAAAAUAAUACUACAUACGUCAUUCCUAUAAAAUUGGUCUCUGGUUUGUUAA